AACCAGGUGAUCAUUAUGGAAAGAAAAGGCUUGAACGUUCAGACAGAGUGAAGAUGAGAGAAGACAGAGGUUUGAAGAACAACAAGGCGGUGGCGUUGGUUUCCGACGCUGCAGCUGGAGUGUCAAAGUUUUGGGGGAGUGGAUUUGUUAUCAGCCACACGAUAUGACCUGGUCAAAGUGCAUCACACACACUGCAGCUGCAGGCAGCGGUGAAUCUGCAUCCACUCAAACUGACUCUGGAAAUAAACUCCACUCAGUUUGCAGUAAUGAGUGAAGAGAAAACCAAGUGGAAGGAGUUUUUGGAGACACUGAGUGCUCUUCAGUGGCUCCUGACCUUCCUGUUCCUGGGUCUGACAUGUUACGUCCUCAUGCUGUGCCUCAUGUUCACCCGCCUGUGGCCGCUGGCUGCGCUCUACUUCAUCUGGCUGGUGACGGACUGGCAAACUCCUGAAAGAGGUGGCAGAAGAACGACGUUUGUCCGACAGUGGAGAGUGUGGCAGCAUCUCAGAGACUAUUUCCCCGUUAAACUGCUGAAGACGGCAGAGCUAAGUCCAAAGAAGAACUACAUCCUGGGCUGUCAUCCACACGGCAUCAUGAGCGCCGGAGCCUUCACCUGCUUCGGCACAGACAGCUGUGGCUUCUCGGAGCUCUUCCCUGGACUCAGACCCUGCCUGGCCAUCCUGGCCGGACUCUUCAGGAUACCCUUCUUCAGGGACUACAUCAUGAGCGCAGGCCUCUACCCCGUCAGCAAACCCAGCCUGGCCCACCUCCUGUCCAAGAGCGGGAAAGGCAACGCCGUGGUGAUCGUGAUAGGGGGCGCUGCCGAGUCGCUGGCAUCCUCCCCUGGAGUCAACGCAGUGGUGGUGAAGCAGAGGAAAGGUUUUGUCAGGGUGGCUCUGGAGUUUGGGGCUGACCUGGUGCCUGUUUACUCCUUCGGGGAGAACGAGCUCUUCAGGCAGGUGAUUUUCUCCGAGGGCAGCUUCAGCCGUCGGUGUCAGGACCUGUUUAAAAACAUCAUGGGAUUCGCUCCCUGUUUGUUUGUUGGUGGGAAGUUUGGCGUCCUGCCCUACAGGACUCCAGUCACCACAGUGGUUGGAAGUCCCAUCUCCGUGCCGAAGAUCGUGUCCCCCACGGAGGAGGAGGUGGACCACUACCACGGGCUCUACAUGGAGGCUCUGUCGCAGCUCUUUCAUCGACACAAGGUCGUCUGUGGACUCUCUGAGAACCACAAGCUGCAGUUGAUUUAGACAUUUCUCUUCCACAACUGAAAGACAGAGCGGACGUUGACUUUUGUUUCAGGCUGAUCUGAGAUCUGAGCUCCUGUCAGGACAAAACACCACAGAUCAGACCGUCACAGUACAGUUAUCACAAGGUUUUUUUUGUAUUUAUACCAUAACAUCUCCCUGAAUCCACGAGUUUAGUGUUAAACAUUACACCCUGACUUUAACAUAAUCCCUUCAGCUGUGACUUAGCUGGAAACAGCACCAUGCAUGAAUAUAUUUUUAUAAAACAUAAUAAAAAAAAUAAUAAUUACUUUUCACCGUUACCAAUAGAAAUUUCUAUUGGAAAUUCACAUCCAGUACAAUAUCGUCAAAGAAUUCCCUUACUUACCCACCUGAGGGCGACAAAGUUACCCUUUCCAAACUGCGGCAAGAUUUCACAGGAUUUUCAUUAAAUGUGAACCCGUUUUUGAAGUGCAUUCAUAAUUUAACUUAAAUUUAAUUUAUUACUUAAUUAGAUUUACACAUGAAUCUAAUUAAGUUAAUAAAUUAAUGAACAUUUUGGCAGAAAAGUACAACUUUAAAAUAAACAAAAACAUAAAAUAUACCCUAAUUUGGUUUUAACCGUCAGUGUGGUUGAAUGAUGACUUUAUUUGGAGAAACUGUUAAGAAGCAGAUUACAGCAGAAUCUUACAAAUCACAUGAGAAAAGAAAACAAAAAAUCAGGCAGUGGAGCAGAACACAGCGAGUGUUGAAAAAAAAAAAAAAAA